CCUCUGAAUUUGGCAGGCGUCGCACACCCAAUUCUUGGGCACUCGACUCCUACCUAAACAGGAUAGAUGGAACUUAAUCACAGCCUUCCAAGGCGAACCAACCACCCUACCGACUGUUCCGGGCCGACAUUCCCGAGCACCUUUGGAUGAGGUUUUUUUUUUUCGAGAAUCUGCCUCCGUGCUUUUGUACAUCUCGUUGAUCUUUCAGGUCGCAGUGGGUGAAAUCUCGAAGAUUUAUUGACGGAAAGAAAGUUCGGAAAGGUCGGGCCGAGUUUUAUCAGGAGUGCUCCACUCUCAUUUUGAUACAACACCGCUUUCUCUGUCCACGCACUGAGGGUCAUUUGCUUAUGGGUUUGCUUUCAGGAUCAUGUGGGGAAAUUCUGGAACGCAAGCGAGGCUAAUGGCUUCUUUGGCAGCACAUGGAUGCAUGUCCUGUGAUAUAGUGUCAAUUCGUGUGUCCUGCACACAUCUCUGGGAGUUUUCUGGGGCUAUCUCGGUUACAUAUUGGAGUGCGAACGUCAUCUUCUGCGUUGAUCUUGGCUCGAAUCGACCCUUGGACUGGCAUAAUAUUCCCUGCUUUUCAGAAAAGUUAUUGAUAGGAGAAACGGAGCCCUGCGUGUAGAAACUCAAACUAGAUAACCGGCACUCUCUGCUCUUUACGUGUAAGAAGAGUUCCGGCCAAUUUUUCGGGUUGGGGGUGCUCACGGUAAUCUGACAACUCUCGUAAUGUGGUUUUUCGAUGAAGUUACCCUCCGGAGGCCGAAAUGAACGAAUAGUUGUGAAAGCCUUGUUUGGAUUCGGCAAGCUAUCUUCAACUCGACGCAUCCACAUGGUGUAAUGGAUACCGUUACUAAUACUCUCACCGCAUCGUCGCCGUUUUGACUGAGCACACGAUGGACGGCAUGUGCAUAUUCUCCUUCAACUAACUUGUUCGGCACCGCAAGAGCGCCCCUUGGGAACAAGCCGUUCAGGG